GUACACUAUUUCCGCCAUUUCUCUACAUGCCUGAGAAAUCUAACUGGGUGGUCAGGAGUGUCUUUUGGAAGUGUGUGGUUUGUAGCUGAGAUAAGCUGUGAUCAGAUGUUAGAGUAACACUGAAAAAGAUACACGUAGGAUAAUUCGACUGCAGUUCGGAAUCGUCCAAUAUUUGGAUCUACAAAAGGAUAAAAAAUUGACAGAUUUGCAGUGUGUUAGUAGAUUUAUCUUGAAGAUGAUUUACCAGGCGCUGGUUGUUGUGGCCCUUCUGCAAGGUGCCAUGAGCCAGCGAUCCCACGAUCCCUGUGUUCAGAGUAGUUGUUACCCAGCAACUGGAGAUCUUCUCAUUGGUCGAGAGAAUCGUCUUUAUGCAUCUUCAACUUGUGGAGAAGAAAGACGGAGUCGUUUCUGUAUAGUCAGUCAUUUAGAAGAUAGGAAAAAAUGCUUUAUUUGUGACUCUAGGAAUAAUACUCGAAGUCAAAAACUUAGUCAUAGAGUGCAAAAUAUUGUGUCUAAUUUUGACCCAAAUCACAAACCUUAUUCUAGAUGGUGGCAAGCUGAAAACGGCAAAAAAGACGUCUAUAUUCAGUUGAAUCUAGAAGCAGAGUUCCAUUUUACUCAUCUUGUCAUGACAUUCAAAACAUUCAGACCAAAAGCAUUAGUCAUUGAACGUUCAUUUGAUUUUGGAAAAACGUGGAGAGUAUAUCGAUACUACGCUCAUGAUUGUUCCAAGUCUUUCCCUGGUAUUCCUACUGGACCACUUCAGGAUAUUGAUGAUGUCAUCUGUGAAUCGCGAUAUUCAGCUGUGGCGCCAUCUUCCAGAGGAGAGGUUGUAUUCCGUGUUCUUCCCCCAUCUCUAGAGAUUAAAGACCCCUACACACAGAAAGUACAGAAUCUUCUCAAACUGACCAAUCUUAGAGUGAAUUUUACUGAACUACAUACCCUAGGAGAUCAGAAUUUGGAUAGGAGACCAGAAAUCAAAGAAAAGUAUUACUAUGCCAUGUACGACAUGAUUGUACGAGGAAGUUGUUCCUGCUACGGACACGCUUCACGUUGUGUUCCAAUCCCUGGCGCAGAAAACAGCCCAGAUAUGGUGCAUGGUAGGUGCCAAUGUACUCACAACACUAAGGGACUUAACUGUGCUGAGUGUGAGGACUUCUACAAUGACAAACCAUGGAAACCAGCAUUCCGAAAAACAAUCAAUGCAUGUGAAAGAUGUCAAUGUAAUGACCACGCCACCCGCUGUCACUUUGACCCCGCUGUGUAUGAGGCCAAUGGCCAGCAGAGUGGAGGCGUCUGUGAUAACUGCCAGCACAACACGAUGGGUCGCCAGUGUCAGGAGUGCAAGCCAUUCUUCUACCAAGUCCCUGGUAGAGCUCUGAAUGAUCCUUACAUCUGCGAGCCUUGCGACUGCGAUAGGUUCGGCUCGGAGCAUAGCGGGGAAUGUGAGGGACGCACAGACCAAGAGGAUGGCUUGGUUGCCGGACGCUGUAUUUGUAAGCGCUAUGUAACUGGGAUCCGUUGUGAUACCUGCCUUGAUGGAUACUGGAAUCUUCUAGAAGAAAAUCCAGAUGGAUGUGAAGCCUGUACCUGCAACACCUUGGGAACAGUUGGUAACUAUGGAUGCGACAAGGUCACUGGCGUCUGUACGUGCAAGAGAUUUGUAACAGGAAGAAGCUGCGACACUUGCUUGCCUGGGUACUAUGGUCUAAGCAACGAAAGAGAAGGCUGCAAGGCAUGCGAUUGUGACGUUGGUGGCUCCCUAAGUAAUGACUGUGACCAGCGAACUGGGGAGUGCCAGUGUCGGGAGAACAUCAUUGGACGUCGCUGUGACCAAUCCAGACCAGGCUUCUUUAUCCCUGACCUUGACUGGAUGAAAUAUGAAGGAGAGUUUGCAACAGGAACUGAGCGCACACGUGUUGUGAUAAGAGAGUUGAUACCUGGACGUAUCAGGACAUGGACUGGCCCAGGGUUCAUGCGAGUUCACGAGGGAGACAGCCUCACUUUCAAAGUUGAUGAUAUCGUAGCUUCCGGAGAGUAUGACAUCAUCAUCCGAUAUGAGCCACAGAUGCCUGAACGAUGGGAAGAUGUACGUGUGACAGUGAUCCGUCCUGAAUUACCUGACCAGAGGGGGGUCUGUGCAAACAGCAUCCCUCAGGAUGAUCUCAAAGCCACAACUCUUCCACCAGGUAGCCGCCAUUAUGUUGUAACACCGCCAUCUUGCCUGGAGAGUGGAGUGAGCUACACGAUACGUUUAGAUUUCAACCGAUACAAGAGUGACCGCACGACACCAGAUGCCAGUAUUCUCAUAGACUCAAUUGCCUUAAUGCCAAAUGUAGACAGCAUCCCAAUCUUCCAAGGACCAGGUUUGCCAGAAGAUCUUAAGAUCAAGUUCAUACGUGAUCAAUGUAGAGAGAAACAGGAAUCCAUGAUCAGAGGAGAAUUACCAGAAUCUUGUAAAAAGCUUAUAUUCAGCAUUGGAGCUGUUACUCAUCAAAGGGCGCUACCUUGCGAGUGUGACGUAACAGGAUCCCAUAGUGCUGAGUGUGCACCACUAGGUGGAGAUUGUCAAUGUAAGAGCAAUGUGAUUGGACGUCGCUGUGACCAGUGUGCCCCUGGAACCUAUGGAUUUGGACCACGAGGAUGUUCUGCCUGUGAUUGCGAUGGUCGUGGUUCAAGGGAUAACUUCUGUGAAGUGACCACGGGGCAGUGUCUCUGUAUUCCAAAGAUCAAGGGGCGCCAGUGUAACAAAUGUCUCCCAGGGUUCUGGAACUUCCCCAACUGCCAGCCUUGUGAGUGUAACGGACAUGCCCCAGAGUGUGCAGAUGGCACUGGUGGUUGCUUACGAUGUGCUGAUAAUACUGCUGGACCCAACUGUGGAGUGUGUGCCCCUGGUUUCUAUGGUGACCCCCGUGUAGGAGUGGGAAUCGCUUGCAAGGAGUGCAUGUGCCCCGGUGGUGCCAACAGUGGUAUGCAGCAUGCAGAUACCUGUCAACUUGACCGUGUCACACAGAAUGUCAGGUGCAAUUGUAAACCAGGAUAUGUAGGUGCCAACUGUGACGAGUGUGCUGAGAACUACUAUGGUAACCCUCGGCAGCGAGGCGGGACCUGUCAAAAAUGUACAUGCAGCGGGAACAUCGACUCACGAGUACCAGGCAGCUGUGACAAGCGAACAGGAGAGUGCCUCAAAUGUCUUGGGAACACUGAAGGCUUCAACUGUCAAUAUUGUAAACCUGGUUACUAUGGUGAUGCAACUAAACAAGAAUGCAGAAAAUGUAUCUGUAAUCCACUUGGCACAGACCAAUCUGCAGGCCCUUGUGACAGCAACACAGGAAAGUGUCCCUGUCUGCCCAAUGUAGUAGGCCAGUCAUGCGAUCAGUGUGCACCCAACUACUGGAAGAUCGCCAGUGGAGAGGGCUGUGAGGCUUGUAACUGUGACCUAACUGGUUCAUUCAGGUCCCAGUGUAAUCAGUUCACAGGACAGUGUGAUUGUGAGGAGGGCAGAGGAGGCAGAACAUGCUCUGAUUGUGAACAGAACAUGUGGGGAGACCCUUCCACAGGAUGUUAUCCAUGCAAGUGCAAUGCCAGUGGAUCUGCCACACUCCAAUGUGACCGCCGAACUGGACUGUGUGAUUGUCUGGAGGGUGUAGCAGGAGACAGAUGCGACCGUUGUGAUAGGGGAACCACUGGAACACUACCUAACUGUGUGCCUUGCGGAGAAUGCUUUGAGAACUGGGAUAGGAUCAUCAAUGAACUGAGAACUGAGACCAACACUCUGAUUGACGAAGCUGCUGAUAUUAAGAGAGAGGGUGCCCCAGGGGCAUUUGAGAAGGAGUUUGAAGACAUGGAGAAUAAACUGGAUCAAGUCAGAGAUAUUGUGGAGAAUGCAAACAUAACCAGUGGAGAUAUCACCGACCUAAAGGAGAAAUUAAGAGCUAUAAGAACAAAUCUGACUGAGAAUGACAAUGCCAUAGAUGACGUUAAGAUCGACCUUGAUGACACCAACCAGAGAGUGACAACUGUCGACAACAAACUGGCCAAUAUUAAACGUAAAGUGGAGGACCUGAAGAAAGCAGCUGAAGAACUGGAGAAAAAUGCAACAGAUAUCUUACUGGGAGAUGUAGAAGGUGCCUUCAACAAUAUCACGAAGAAAGCCCAGGAAGAUUCCCGCAAAGCCCAGAUGAAGGUCGACCAAACAGAAUACACUGUAAUAGACUCAUCAAAUGUUCGCCAACAAGUUGAUGAAAUCCUCGCAGACAAUCAGGAUGAGUUUGAUAGGAAAAUUGAGGAAAAUGAUAAGAAAUUGGAUGAUAUUGACUCUAAAGUCAAUGACCUAGAUGCAGGAAUUACUGACUUGAACGAAAUGGUAUGUGACAAACGUGGGGAACCAUGUGACGAGUUGUGUGGAGGAGCUGGAUGUGGCAAGUGUGGGGGUCUCAGUUGUGAUGAGGGUGCAGUCUCCAAGGCAGAAGGCGCUCUAGACUAUGCUAAGGAUGGGAAUGUAUCUCUCUCUGACAAAAAAGAGAAAUCAGAUACCUUGUUGAACAGUGUAAGAGAUGCUAAGGCAGAUGCAGAUGAUGCCAAAGAUGCAGCCCAGAUGGCAUAUGACCGUGCCUACAUGGCUAUGAAUCAGUCUACCACAAUGAGGGACAUGUUGCUAGAUCUCCUCCAGAAGAUCAGAGACUUCUUAUCACAGCAAAGAGCCACACCAGAGGAAGUCAGGACUUACUGUGAACAAGUGUUGGAUCUGGUCAUAUCUCUCAAACCUGAAGAAAUCAGGAACCUAUCACGACAGAUCAACGAGACCAUUACAGGACUAACAGACAUUGACGCCAUCUUGGAUGCUACACGGGAUGAUCUUCUGAAAGCAAAGAAUCUGAAAGAAAGGGCAGACAAAGCAAAGGAGAAUGCUGAUGCUAUCAGAGAUACUGCCAAUGAAAUAUUGGAACUACUCAAACAGGCCAGAGAAGCACAAGAUAUUGCAACUGAAGCUAUAGAUGCAGCAAAUGAAGACAUUGAUAACGCUGAGAAAGAUCUCACUUCUAUUGAAUCAGAGACAUCAGCAGGUUUAGACAAGUCCACAAGAGCAUAUGAAGAUAUAGAAGAUCUCAAAGCACGUCUUGAGAAGCUAAAAACUAAAUAUCUUGAAAAUGAGAAUGAUGUUAAGAAAGCCAAGCGUCAGGCAGAAGUUGCUCAAAAACUUGCAGAUGAAGCAGAAGAUGCUGCAGAAAAUCUUACUGAUAAUUAUGGAAAAGUGAAAGAGGAGCUCACCAAGAAGUAUGAAGAAACUACCAUGGCCAAGGGCAAGGCAGAAAGUCUUAAAAAUAAUGCCACUAUAUUAGCUGUAGAUAUAACUGAUAAAUUAACCAAAUUACAAGAAAUGGAGACAAAAUUCAAAGAGAAUCACAGUACUUUAAAAACCUUGGACAAUCAAAUUGGUACAUUGAAUGAAGAAAUGAAGAAAUUAUUAGAAGAAAUUCAAUAUUGGGCAAGUUACCACCGCGAGUGCCAGCCUUAGUCAUAUAGGGACACUCGAUGGAGUGUUUUAUAAAAGUAUAUCGGAAAGUCAAUACUCAGGCUAAAUCUGGCUAAAUGAGAUGUACGUCGACCAAUACAAUCAUUAACAUCAGAACUACUACGUAGUAGAAAACUGACCACAAUCUGAUAAUGUCGUUUGUUUCACUUGUACUUUAUUUAUUUUGAAGCUGUACUCAAACAAUUUGGUAACAGUCAUAUAGAGAAAUUUAUGUAUGUACAAUAAUAGGAAAGGAAACCCCCUUAUUCUGUCAGGUAGUGUGUUGAAAAAUAUUGGUUGAAGAAAUCUCUUUUUGGAAAUGGACUGGCUUGCCUUUGCCCUAUCAUAGCCAUACAGGAAUAUAUCACUUCCAGAAGUACACUGUUGCUCACAUUGUGUGACUCUGCCUAGGCCAAAGGCAGUAAGGAGGAUCUGAUGUAAAUCGAAUCCUCUUUUAUGUACCUGUUCUCAUGUAUUAGUUGUGUCAUGAGGGGAUCAAAAGACAAGAACCAUGUGCCAAGUGGAAGUGUAUAUAUGUAGAAAGAAAGGGUUCAGUAGGCCAGUAUUUAAGAGUAUAGGGCCAUUUGUAUAAUAUGUCUAAUAAUAUAUAGCUACACAUUCACUGCCAUGUUCAUGACAACCCAAAAAUAAACAAGUCUUGAAAAUAACAAACAUAUUUGUGGUUUGUCAUGAAUUUCAUGUGUGUCUGUAUUUGUGUUUUAACAGAGUUGACAUUGAGGUUGAAUCAUAGAGAUCUCAUUGUAAGUGACCAGUUUGCAUUUUGGGGCUGGUGUUUUUACAACUAGGGUCGAUAUAUUUGUCCCAAAUAGAUGCACAUAAUAUUGUGACAUUCAAAGUUUGCACAUCUAGUCGUAGUUAUGGAACAAUGAACGCAAGCAGAUCUAUUUUGUCACAAUGUGUUGUCAACCACCAGCCCCAUCUAGUGUAGUAGUGUCUAAAACGAAUCUCAGUCUACUUUACCACUGAAGCUAGAAUAAUGAUUUUACUAGUAGGCUGAUGAUUUAAUAAUACAAUUUUGAUUUUAUACAAUUUAACCUAAAUCCAUAUAUAAAAGUAUAAGAGUUGUUAUUAGAUUAACAGUGGAUUAUAACAGAGCUGUAUAAUAUUGCAGUACAUGUAUAAAUAUUUUAUCACAACCCAUGGUGCUCUAUAUAUUAGAACCAAAAGUGAAUGUUUAGUGAAAAAUACCAUGCAUGUGCUUAUUAAGCUUUAUGGGAUCUCUCCCAUAUUUGUUAAAAUUCCAGAUUUCAUCUGUUAAAAUUUCAGAUUUUAUCUGUUAAAAUUUCAGAUUUUAUCUGUUAAAAUACCAGAUUUUUAAUCAAAGUAAUCUAAAUUGCUAGUUAAGUGAAGCGUGACAUGUAAAGUUUGGACCAUUUACAGAAUGUGUGGUAUUCUUCAUAAAUCAUUAUCCGUAUUCUGUUGUUAUGUUUCCGUUCUUUGUUUCUAAUCUCAUUAUUUUAUGACGUAUGUGGUAGUCCCAACUUCUAUGUAUGUGGUGGUUGUAGCUUUUUCAGAUGUGGUACAUAUGUUGUAGGAGAGCUUCUCCAUACAUAUGUGGUAGGAGAGCUUCUCCAUACAUAUGUGGUACCCAUGGCUCCACGUAUGUCAUACAUCGACUCCACAUAUGUCCUAGUUUCAUGUGCACUUUUGUACUCUUUUACUAUCAUUUAUAAACAACAUUACUUUAUAUUAAGCCAAACUAUUUUUAUUCAAAUUUUUAUUAUUAUUAUAGAACUAGUGUAUCAUCCUUUCAUAAUGUAUUUUAUUGUAUUUAAAUCGCAUUAUUAAACCCAAUUAUAAUAUACAAGUAAUUAUUGUGUACAGAAACAUUGUAAAGUCUGGAAAUCAGUCUAUCAGUGUAUAAAACUAUACAGGGAUAUCUUUAAUAAUUGUCACCCAUGGAAGAUGUCACAUUGUCAAAUUUUACGAAUUCAGAAUAAAGUUGUAGAAUAGAAUAUGGAAUAGAAUAACAUGCAGGUAGUUCACACUACUUUGAAGUAGAUUAUUUUAUUCAAAUUUCAAUGAAAUAUUGUGUUAUGGGUGUGACAUUGUAACAUUUUAUCAUGGUAUUUCAUGUAUGUACAAAUGUAGAAAGAAUCUAGAUUUGCGAUCUAGGUGCCGUGUAGCUAGAAUAGGUAUUUUAGAUAUUAUUUAAUGUAUUAUAUUGACAUCACACAGAACAUGUUUUGGAACGAGCAAAUUCAUUGUACUCAGUCAGAUAGCAGACUCAGUCCCAUCAUUUCAUUCUUGUAUUGAAACAUCGUCAUUGGUUACUAGUAUAUCAAAAUUUCUCCAUAGGGAUAUGGAAACCAUGGCAACCAGUGUCUCAUUUGGGAUGUAUGCUGAUUUAAGUAUGUCAUAAAAACUGAUAUUGGGGUUCAUUCAAAUGAGUAUUAAAAAGCCUGUACAUACACUAACUUUUAUUAAUACUCUUGGGUUGAAAUGUCUUAAUAUUUACCACCAAAUUCAAUGUUAUGAUUACAUUCUCAAACAAGUUAUGGUUGAGAUUGUUUAUUUGAUCUAAACAUGAAUUGUAUAAGAAAUAUAUAAACCAAUUUGUGCUGUUUUAAUACAAGAUUAUGUCAUUCAUAUUUAUAACUCACCUUAUAUUACCUCUAUAAUUGUGUACUUAAUUUGCAUUUACACUGUAUUAAAAAUAUUUACCGCUCAUGUCAUAAUCUGACAUGGCGGUGUCAGUGACAUCACAACAUAAACUGUACAUUAUCACAUUGUAUUUUAGUCAUUUAUGAUUUUUAUCAUUCAUGGGCUAACAAUGAACGACUAAUCAGGAACUUAAUACCUGGACUUGGGCAGACUAUUAUGUAAACUCAAGUUUGAUUAUGUCCCAACAGAUGACGGAAAAAUCUUGCUAAAUCUUUGUUUUCAACAUCUUACCAGAUAUGGUUGGAUCUUAAAAUGAAUGGAUAUUUAAUAUGAUGCAGUCCAGCACAUGGCUCCUAGAAUCCUUAAUUUACAUGGAUUGGCAUAGGUUAUUUACUGCUGUUUUCUGGAGCUGUGUACUAGACUGGAGUUCAAAUUUCAUUAAAAAAAUAUGUAAACUUGUUGGUCAAUCGAAAUUAAACAGUAUUUGAUUAAUGAUUCUAGCUUUGGCUAUGUCAUGAUAUUAUAGCAUAGAUAAGCCUCCUUUGUAAUCCCCAACAUUUUCAUUCAAAAUGGGCUUGUGUGGAGUCUUUAGUUCCCCAUAAUCUUGUAUCCCACCAUACAGCCAAUUCUCAUCCAUGUGGAAUCCGUGCUACAUGGAUUCACAUUGUGUCUAGAUGGAUUCUAUGUGGAUUAGAUUUGGGCUGUAGGGUUUCGGAAGACAGAUGAUUGAGCAAACUGACAUAAAACUGGGUUUGAGUGAAAAUUUGAGGAAUUCAAAAAGGUUGGUUAAAGUUUGAGAUUCAAGCAAAAAUCUACCUCAUCCAUCCCAUAUUUGUGUACCUUGUUGUAACCAUAGAGAUCAUAUUGUAAAAAUAUCACAUAUGCAUAGAUUGAGUAACUUCCAUUGGACAUAAUAUACUAUUAUAUAGUGUGGAGAAAUUAUCACAUAAUAUACUCCAUGACAUGUAACAUAAAAUAA